GCGACAUUUUAGCUACACGGUUCCUGAGCUGCGCCAGUUGUGUCGUGUAUCGCGGUCGCUUGUGAACCUUUCGACGAAGUUUUUCUUGUUUUAAGAAAAGGAUUCCGUUCCAGUUUUCCCCUCAUCUAAGAAAGCGUCUCGUUCGCUGUUUGAGAAGGUGUUUAUUUUUUUUUUGCGUAUUCAUCCUCGGACGACGCCAUUUUGGUUCGUCGUGUAUUGUCAUGUAUCCGCCAUCCAGCAACUUUGAUAUCAUGUUGGGCGACACUCUGUUCGUCGAGCCCAGCCUAGACAACUUAAAAAACAACGAACAGAGUCUGUUUGUUAAAUAUGGAAACCUGAACAAAUCGACCCGACGCGCUUUACUGAAGAACGGAGCUCACAGGGUCCGAUUACAGAGCAGGAACGUUUACAAUCAGGCGCAACAGCACCAGAAACAGGCGGUGGUGCUGAGGAUAAACACUGCACGUUUAAACGACAUCAACAACAACAACAACAACAGCAGCAGCGGUGAUGAUAAACCCGCACCACAGGGCAAUAAUACAGAGCUUCCCGCUAACAAAACUGCCCCGGAUGGCUUCACACACUUAAAAACAACAUCCAAGAAAGAGCUGCUGAAAUCGAAAGCAGGAAGGGGAGAAAGAGGAAAUCAGACGAGAAGGCUUUCUCCACACAGCACAGACAAGCACGGGCCAGUUGUUCCUAACCUGAACACACGCUCCCAAAAGAGCAGGCACAACAAAUGUGAAAACGGGGAUACGAGGAAGCCUCUGAGCUCAGGGGAUGCUCCCAGGAUCACAAACGGUGAACUCUCAUCUGAGGAUAAAGAUGCAGAGAAGACCUAUGCCGGAGCCAAGUUUAGUGAGCCACCGUCACCAAGUGUGUUGCCCAAGCCACCGAGCCAUUGGGUGGGUGCAAACAGCCCCAAAAACACCGACAGCAGCCGGGAGCAGAUGUCUGUACAUCUGAAAACAAUACUAAAGGUUCAGUCCUGGCCGUGACUCCAGUCACAAAAACACUUAAACCCUUGAAUAUUUCACUUGAAGUGAAAACACCUUCACAGCAGAAAACAAAUCGCAUUGGAUUCUCAGGCAAAGGAAAAUUGGAAUGAAUUGUAUCCGGACAGUCAGAAAGAAGCUUGGAAGCAUGUUGCAACAGUACGUGUUGAUGUUUGAUCGUAAUAUCAGAAAUGUCUCACUUUUGUCCUUAGAAAGAGACCUUGUGUUUUUUUUUUCUUUUUCUUUCUUUCUUUUUUUUUUUUUUAAAAACUUGUGUAAAUACUGUAAAACAUGUAAUAUGUGUAAAUAUUUUGAACGUUAUUUUAACAGAAGAGUAAAUCUAGUUUUGUUACUGAAGCUAAUGAUGUUUUCAUUAUGAUCUGAUGGAAUGCUCUUUGCAAGUGUACCGAGUGAGGCGAAGCGUGCCGUCUCGUGACGCACAUUACAUGUGAAAGGUUUGCUUAGUUUUGCACAAGACUGAAAAAACCAACACGGGUCCUUUUUAAGAUGUGAGGAUGAACUAGUGCACGGUGCUACAGCUGAAUGCAGCUUUCUACAUCAUUGACUGUCCUGGAAAAGGAUGCAGCUGAUAACUGAAAAGGAAACUUAAGGACCGCGGUGGUGUAUUUGGAACACUGCCAAACUGAAUCAAUUGGACAAAUCACAAAUGAAACACUUCUGAGAAAAAAAAAACUAAUGAUUUUAUACCAAUCUGCAAACAUCAUUCUAGUAACUGAUAUUUCUUUCAAUUCUGUAGCAAUUAAGAAAGUUGUAUUUUGACAGGAAAAUGUGUUUACUGUGACAGAAAGUUUUGUGGUUGUGACGUGUUUUCAUGUCUGUGGAGAAAAGCCAGGCAUCUACUAUCAUCCUUUUUGUUUUGUUUUUUUUUGUUUUUUUGUUCUUUUGUUUCUUUGAACUAAUCUUUAACUAAACCCAAGACAUUUUUUGUAUUCGCUAAAAUUCAACACAUUUUGUUGCAACAGUUUUUAAUUUGGCCUCAUUUUAAGAGAACAGAACAAAAAAGUAACUUGAGUCCAUGUUUAUUUAAUUGAUUAUAAGAAACGUUAUGAACGUUUUUAAUUAAAAGUAUUGAAAUAAAGAAUUUGGCCAUCCCCUUUA